GUUGGAGUUUCAUAAGCAAUAACGAACUUGUCAUUAAUUUCUCAAUUUGCACAUAUAUUUGCAAAAUCUUAACCUUGCAAUUUCAACAAUGGGUCACUAUCUCUCCAACAAGGUAACAAUUGGAUGUAACCACAUCUCGAUAGAAGACAUUGCACGAUUAUCCUCCCAAGAGGCAAUCUGCGAAUUAUCGUCUCAGCAAGAUUUUGUCGACCGGAUUCGUCUCGGACCAGCCACGGUGGAAAAACUGGUCAAGGAGGGUCACGUUAUUUACGGUGUGACCACCGGCCUUGGCGAGUCCUGCACGGUCACCAUCUCUCCCGAACUGAUCGCGGAAUUACCCAGCCACGUCAUCCAGUUUCAUGGGUGCGGAUCAGGCGCUUAUUUUGAUGCCGAGCAGACCAGAGCGAUCUUAGCGGCGAGGUUGAUUUCUUUAGCGAAAGGGUAUAGCGGAGUACGAUUGGAACUGCUGGAACAGAUUGCGGGACUUUUGAAAAAUGAUGUUCUCCCAAGAAUUCCGCAAGAGGGGUCCGUCGGGGCGAGUGGAGAUUUAACGCCGCUAUCUUACAUAGGUGCGGUGCUGUGUGGUUACCGCGAUGUACUUUAUCAAGGGGAAGUCAUACCGGCAAAAGUCGCGUUGGCAAAAGUUGGUAUGACCCCACUCACCCUAAUCCCUAAAGAAGCCCUCGCCCUGAUCAAUGGAACCUCCGCCAUGACCGGUGUCGCCUGCCUCGCGUACCAACGAGCUCUUCAAAUCUCCCACCUCGCCACGCGUCUCACCUCCCUCACAAUUCUAGCCUUGAAGGGGAACCUCUUCCACUAUGAUGAGACCCUCUUCUCCGUCAAACCUCACCCCGGCCAACAGCGGGUGGCCGCCCGCAUCCGCCAAGACUUACUCAUUUCCACCGCACCGCAAAACUACAGUAAAGUCCACCGCAUCCAGGACCGCUACUCGACUCGAUGUGCCCCGCACAUAAUCGGAGUUUUAGAAGACCUUCUCCCCUUUUGCAAAGGACUUAUUGAAGGCGAACUAAACUCUGCGAACGACAAUCCCAUCAUCGAUGUCGCGGAUGGCGGAAGGGUUUUUCACGGCGCAAUGUUUUACGGCGGUCACAUUGCGGCAGCGAUGGACACCCUUAAGGUCCAAGUAGCCAACAUGGCUGACCUCAUGGACCGGCAGAUGGCCAGUUUGGUAGAUCCAAACUACAGCAACGGGCUGCCAUCAAAUCUGUCAGGGUGUGUCGGGGAACGCGCAGCGAUCAACCAUGGGCUAAAGGGGUUGCAGAUUAGCGUAUCUGCCUGGACGGCGGAAGCUUUGAAGGGGACGAUGCCCGCUUCGGUGUUUUCUAGGUCGACGGAAUGCCACAACCAGGACAAGGUCAGCAUGGGCACGAUCGCGGCGAGGGAUUGCGUACGCGUGCUUGAAUUGACGGAGCAGGUCGUGGCGGGAUUGAUGAUUGCGGUGAGGCAAGCAGUUACAAUUAGGGAGGAGAGAGAGGGGUUGAAACUGCAAAUGUCGGGGGAAAGUAGACAGUUUUUUAACGAAAUUAAGGAAAUGGCAGAGUUUGUGGAGGAGGAUAGAUUUCUGGAUCCAAUUGUGAGGAAAUUGGUAGCAAAGAUAAGAGAUGAACCGAGAAAAUUGUACUAAAUAGUAAUCCAAAUAAACGUAAUUUGUACAUUAAGCUUUUGUGUAUGCAUUGUAAUGAGAUAGGUUAAUAAAUGCAGUCACCUUGAAAAAUUUCAA